AUGUCAUCAAUUACAAUUAUACCACAACCAACAACAUAUGCAACAACAACAGCAAAUAAUUUACCAAAUAUUAAUUUACCACCAAUGCGACCAUUAUAUUUACAACCAUAUGCUCCUCAACAACAACAACCACCAACUUACCAUCAUCUUAAACAACAAAUUCAGCCUAAGCCUAUGUUAUAUGGAUCCAAUCAUCGAAAGCAAAAUUAUCUACACAAAUUUCAAACAGGUACGACUACUACAUUUAAUGGAUAUACUAACUUUUCAGGUACACGUACAACUAAUUUACCACCACCACCACCACCACGUCGAAAUUUACCACCUCCACCACCACCACGUACAAUUUAUCAUCAUAAUCCUUAUCAUAAUAAUUAUAAUAAUCGUUAUUACCAUCAUCGUCAUCAUUAUAAUAAUAAUUUUAAUAAUACCCAAAAUUUACCAUCAUUACUUGAUUUAAAUCCCUUCCAUUUACCACCACGUCAUAAUACACGUACAUUUACCACUGCCCAACAUUAUCAUCCUAAUCAUCAUCAACAACAUUAUCCCCGUUCAUUAUCACGAUC